AUGUACGAGUUGGGGAAAUGCCUUCGCGAAGAAAGGCCCGGCACCAGAUGUGACCUGUACCAAGAGGAGGACUGGGCGAUCGCGCCCCCCUCGCUCCCCCCAUCGCCCGAUUCGCCUCUUUCGCCCCUAUCGCCUGCGCCUUUCCCCGUUACAACUGUAAAGCAUGAGCCCCUGAGUGAUUCUGAUGAGCUCAAAGAGCCGCCAUCCCCAGAAGCAUUUCGCCCAGCACCAGCUCGGAAACACCCACCACGCCACCACACCCACCCGCACACCACGGAUCCCAGACGGCGCGUGCACCGCUGCGAGUUUCCGUCUUGCGACAAAGUUUACACUAAAAGCUCUCAUUUAAAGGCGCAUAAAAGGACGCACACAGGUGAAAAACCAUACAAAUGUUCUUGGGAAGGCUGCGAGUGGCGGUUCGCUCGUUCGGACGAGUUGACGCGGCAUUACCGCAAGCACACGGGGGCGAAGCCCUUUCGCUGCCGCCAAUGCGACCGGUGCUUCUCGCGUUCGGACCACCUCGCCCUGCACGCGAAGCGGCACGCGUAG